CUCGUUCGGUUUCUCGCUCUCCAGCGGCCGUGUGUCACCGAGGCUGGGCUGCGGCCAGACGGAAGCCUGGAAAGCGUUACUUAGCCCAAAGGUGGUAUCGCAGCGGGGCUGGCCCGUCCGGUUUCACGCCCGAAUAAACCUCGCAGGUUUGAAUCUCACGGCCCACUGUGUCAUCACCGUCCGUUCCCCUGAUGUCGGAUUUCAAGCUUGGGAUUGUACGGCUCGGCCGUGUAGCCGGGAAGACAAAAUACACUCUCAUUGACGAGCAGGACAUACCACUAGUUGAAAACUAUGCCUUUGAGGCUCGCAUGGAGGUAGAUGCUGACGGCAAUGGUGCAAAAAUCUUUGCUUACGCUUUUGACAUCGGCAAAGGCCGCUGGGCUGGAAGGCCGCUGCACGAGCUGCUGUGGGAGAAGCACAGAGGAGGCAUUGCCCCCAGUUUUCAAGUUAUCCACAUCAACUCUGUGACGGUGGAUAACCGGCUAGACAACCUACGACUGGUACCGGUGGGCUGGAGCCCCAAGCCAGAGGAGAUCUCCAGCAAGCAGAGAGAGCAAUCUCUGUACUGGCUGGCCAUCCAGCAGGUCCCAGCUGAUCCAGUGGAGGAGCAGUAUCUGGAGCUGAGCCGCACACGCUACUACAAUGCUAACGGGGAGCUGGUAGAGGAAGAGGAAUGCUCCUGUACAUACUAUGAGUGUCAUUACCCUCCUUGUUCACUCAUUGAGAGGAGGCUGCGGGAGUUUAACAUCUGCGGCCGCUGCCAGGUGGCCCGCUACUGCGGCUCCCAGUGUCAGCAGCGGGACUGGCCCGCCCACAAGAAGCAGUGCCGCGAGCGCAAGCGGGUGCUGGCGCUGGAGUCGGAGCCCGAACGGUGAUCAACCCUCACUCUCGACUGAGAGAAGGAGGAGGA